CCCUUACACAGCAGAGGGCCGGAACGCCGGCCUGUGUACACCCAGCAUGGCGCCUCGCGAGGGCUGCUGCGUCUCCUUCCCUCCCCCUUGAAGUGUGGGUGUGCGGGGUGUCAGUGCCAGGUGUGGGCUGCGCAUGUGGUGGCCCGCGGUCCGGCCGUGCUGACCGGACCUGCGGCAGCAAACAAGGCAGUACAGAAGUGGCCCUAUUUGUAUCGGUGGGGUUUUUCUCCCCCAGUUUACUCUCUACUAGGACGAUGAGUGUCAGCCCCCUUCUGCGACCAGCGGAGAGAAGGAGGGCAGAAAGGGAAGGCUGCUCCUCGCAAUCACCGACCUUAUCCUUUGCAGCUGAACCGCGCAGCCUUUCCUGAGGUGUGGGAUAAGAUAUUUCCAGAGUAAUAAGCAUGGUUCAGCAACGAAAAUGUGCAUUAUGUCACAUUGUGUACAACUCAAAAAAGGAGAUGGAAGAACACAAGAGAAGCAUGCUUCACCACAGAGAACUGGAAAACCUGAAGGGAAGGGAUAGCAGCCAUGAAUGCCGGGUGUGCAGGGUGACGCUGGUGGGUUUGUCAGCAUAUGCCAAGCACAUCUCCAGUCAGCUGCACAAAGACAACGUUAAUGCCCAUGACAGAAAAGAGGAAGAGAAAGAAGAGGCAGAAGAAGAAGACCUUGACAAAGAACUCAUUCAACUAAUCAAGCAAAAGAAGGAACGGAACCGGCAAACUGAACCAAGUUGUGCAAACCAAGAAUUAGAAUGUGAUGAUAGGAGAUCACAGAGAAGGCGAGAAGAAAGAGCUGCUUAUAAAGAAAGAGAAGCUUAUGAUCAGUCGUCAUGGCAUCAUCAUAAUGCAUCACAAAGGGACUGGAAAUGGGAAAAGGAUGAUUAUGUUAGUCCUAGACAAGGCAAAUUUUCACACUCUCAGAGGAAUCUUAAUAUAAACAGACAUUCAGGUGGUGUAAAGGGGCGCUCUGGGUGGCACCAGAAUGUUUCAGGAAACCCUUCAAAUCGACAUAACUAUGGGAAUUCUGGAAAUGCUUGGCAUCCAAGUGGGCGGAGAGGAGGAGCAUCAAAUUGGCAUCAUGGUACUUGGGAAAGAAAUUCUACUUGGCACUCAGAAGAAACGGGUCAUUUUUCCAGCUGGAAUUCCAAGAGUUAUGGAGGAAACUGGAAACCAAGUCCUCAUGGUGCAAAUGGCUGGAAUUUUGGAAGCUCAGGUGAUUCAUAUUCAUCAGAGCCAAGUAAAUACAGUCAGGAGCGGUCUGAGUGGCAGCGGCCAGAGAAAGGCAAUGUUCUGCCACAUAGAACUCGAAGAAAUAGGGGUGACCGUCUGGAUUUUACUAGUGAUGAGCUUGCUGCUGAGGGGGUGUUGGAAUUUCGCACAUUGAAACAACUGGAAAGCAAAACUUCAAGAGCCAGUGGAAAAAGUGUCAGUCCUUCCAGAGAUAAAACAUAUCGCUGGACUCCCUAUCCAUCCCAGAAAACUGCAGAGCAGCAACCAUGGUCUGAAGAUAAUGUUUCAAAAACUUCAGAUAAAAUGGGUUCUGUACUUACACCUGCUACUGAUUCAUCAAUGAAAGGAGAAACUUGUGAAGCCAAUGUUAGCCUUUCAAAACUUAAAAACCAUGAAGCAUCUUCCCCUUCUAAUGGAACUUUGGAUCACCUUGAUUCUUGCAAGGUUAUGAACGACCCUUCCAGUGGUGAAAAGCCUGACAGAGAUGAUGGCAGAAGUAGUAGGAUGCCAUCACUGAAAUCCCCUCUUCUCAAUAUCACAGAUAUGAAAUUAUCCUUGAUAAAGCAAGAUGCGAACUGUCUCUUAAAAAAUGUCAGGCUUCUGUUAUCAUCAACUAGUGGUGAAGAGCAGAAUCAUUUGAAUGCGGUGAACUUGGAAACAAACGGUUUCUCCUCUUAUCCAUCAAAGCUGCAUGGUGCUUGUGUUGGUAACUUACAAGGCAACAAAGAUGUGCUUGGUAGCAGUCUUGGAGAGCCUAUUAAUAACUUAAGUGAAGCAGAACAAAAUCCCAAAGGUGUUCAGUCCAACCAUUCCUUGCAAAAUGCUCCCUUAAGCUCUUGCAAAGAUACAAGUGACCAGAAUAGGGAAGAAACUGGGAAAGCAUUGCCAAAGGAGUUCAGACUAGAUUCAUUAGAAGAUGUGAGUGGUGAUGAUUUAAUGGGAAGUGAGAAGUCAGAAGCAAAAGUUGAAAAGUUGGAUUCUUCUUUACCCUGUGACACUCCUGAAGGUAAAACUACCACAUCUGAAAGGGAAGCUGAUAAAAAGCCAUCUCAUUCAAGUAUUGCUUCUGCCGAGCUAAAAAAUUUUACAUUUCGGAUAGAACCCACAGUUUCUUCAUCAAGCAGUCAGGACCGUUUGCAUGAGGAUUUGAAAACCUCACCGGACAGGGAAGGGAAUGAAGAGUGUGUCAAGUCACGUGAUCAAUUUGAAAUUGAAGGUUUUGAAAAUCCUUCAGAUAAUGAGCUUCAAAAAGGAGGAAGCCAGUCAGUAGGCCUCCUUCUUCCAGAUUUAAGCAAGCUUGGCCUGCCUGCUUCUCUGCAAAGAGACCUGACACGGCACAUCAGUCUGAAGAGCAAAGUCGGGACACAUCUUCCAGAGCCCAAUCUCAAUAACGCACGUCGCAUUCGGAAUGUGAAUUGCCUUCGGAGGAGUGAGACAGAGAAGGAGUCAGGGCUUAAACCUACCCUCAGGCAGAUUCUUAGUGCUUCCCGGCGAAAUGUCAACUGGGAUCAGGUCAUCCAGCAGGUAACCAAGAAGAAACAGGAACUUGGCAAAGGUUUACCAAGGUUUGGCAUAGAAAUGGUGCCUCUUGUUCAAAAUGAGCAAGAGGGUUUAGAACUCAGUGAAGAAUCUGAUCCGACUGCUCUAGAAGGAUUCCAGUGGGAUGGGAUUUCCUUAGUGUCUGGCUCAGCCAGAAAACGUAGCUUUUCUGAAAGCAGUGUCAUAGCAGACAGAAAUCCUUCUGCUUAUAGCUUUUUCAGUGAACAAGCCAAAAUUAAAGAAACUGGGCAAAGGCAAGUAAUUGCAGCCAGCCACCCACAUCAUAUAACAUCUGGAUAUGAGGCAAGCACUGACAUUGAGGCUGAUCAGAAAGAGGGGAUGCCAUCUCUUGCUUUGUCACCUUUUAUAUCUGAAAGAACUGAGGCUAGCAGAAGAAGUCACAGCCUACAGGCCACCUCAGAGAUCACAGGCCACACAGAACAAGACCAGGAGAGCCCAGAGAAGAGGACACCUCUUCUUGAAAAACAAAAUGUAUUGGAGCUCUCAGAAGAAAAUCGUCCAGCUUCAAAUAGUGCUUCACUUUUUGCAGUGUCUAAUAACAUAGAUGCAGCUACAGACAGUAGCUGCACAUCUGGGACUGAGCAGAAUGACAGCCAAGGAAUUGGAAAGAAGCGAAGAGCAACUGGAGAGGGAUCGUCUCCUGAAAUCCCUAGUCUAGAAAGAAAUAAUAAAAGAAGAAAAAUCAAAGGUAAAAAAGAACGUUCUCAGGUAGACCAGUUGUUGGCUAUUUCUCUGAGGGAAGAAGAGUUAAGCAGGUCCCUGCAGAAUGUGGACAGCAGCCUCUUGCAGGCAAGGGCUGCCCUGAGGGCUGCCUAUGUUGAGGUUCAACGGUUCCUUGUGUUAAAGCAACAGAUAACUAUGGAAAUGAGUACACUGAGAAGUCAGAGAAUCCAGAUCUUGCAGGGGCUACAAGAAACAUAUGAACCUUCUGAACUCUCAGAGCAACUUUCCUGCAGUGCCCUAACUGAGGGACGAGACAGCAAAUCUCAGAUGGCAGCUGACUCAAUUCCUUCAGGCUCUCUCCUGCCCCUUUUGGACACUUUGUCUUCCUCUGUACCUCCUCGAGGAGCUGCUGUUCCUGUAACCAUGCCAUCACCAUUCCAGUCUUCUGGCAGUACACCUUCCAAUACUCCUGACUCAUCAGUGCAAGUUAAACGAGAACCUGUGUCUCCAAAAGGCACAGAACCAAAUGUGAAUUCUGUACUCCAGAGCUCUCCAUGUCCUCCGCAAACAGAAGAGGUGGAACAGAACAAUGAAGAGACCAACCAGAAAACUUCAGUGUAUCCGGUUAUCACUGCAACCAUAUCCCUAGCAGGGCUGGCAGCCUGUUUCCAACACACUGAUCAAGAUGUCCAUGAGCCUGCUGCCGACAAGGGACAGUCUGAACUUCCUGAGAACUCUUCUCAUUCAGUGUCUGUUUUCAGCAGGAGAGAAGCAAAUGAUACAGCUGCUGAAAGAUUUUUACUGGAUCAGUGUAGCACUUCUCUUUCAAAGCAUUCAGUCCUUCUAGAAGUGCCAAUGGAUAAAACUCCCAAAUUGUCAGCAGAACUGUCUGAGCAACACUUAACAAUGGCUGCAGUCCCAGCAGAGAAAGGGAAUAGAAGGAGGAGAAAGUUAAGGAAGAAGAAAACUCUGAGGGCGGCCCAUGUGCCGGACAACAGCGAUACAGAGCAGGAUAUGAUUGAUUUCAAGCCUGUCCGGAAAGUCAAGGGUGGAAAGGUUCCUAAAGGAGAAAAAGUUACUUCUCCAAGAGAGGAGGGUGAAGUUACUGCUCAAGCAGCAAGAAACAAAGAUGAGAAUGACAGUGAUGCUUCUUUGGAAUUAGUGGAAGUUCCAGCACCUCAGUGUGAGGUGGUUGAUGUUGGUUCAUCAGCAUCAGGAGAUGAGAAACCAGACAGUCCAUCAAAGAGGGAUUCAUGCAACUCUGUGGAUCGAGCAGUCCUAGAAGCAUCUUGUUCUGGGUAUGAUGAAGUGAGCUCCACCAGUGAGAUUGACACAAAUCAUAGGAAUGAUGGGAAAAAAAGUGUGGCUGAGACACAGACUUCCGUAUCAUUCCUAAGAGGAUCAAAGAACUCCUCAGAAGUGUCUUCAGAGCCAGGUGAGGAUGAAGAACCUACUGAGGGAGCCUUUGAGGGACACGUGGCUGCAGUGAAUGCGAUUCAGAUUUUUGGGAAUUUGUUGUAUACCUGCUCAGCAGACAAAACAGUUUGUGCCUACAAUCUCGUUAGCAGGAAGUGUGUGGCCAUCUUUGAAGGACAUACUUCAAAAGUGAACUGCCUACUGGUCACUCAGACAAAUGGGAAGAAUGCUGCCCUCUACACUGGCUCAAGUGACCACACUAUCAACUGUUACAAUAUCAAGACCAAAGAGUGCAUGGAACAGUUUAAAUUGGAAGAUCGAGUGCUCUGUUUACACAGUAGAUGGCGGAUCCUUUAUGCAGGUCUUGCAAAUGGCACUGUGGUUACUUUCAGCAUAAAGAAUAAUAAACAGGUUGAUACCUUUGAAUGCCAUGGCCCUAGAGCAGUGAGCUGUUUAGCCACAGCUCAGGAAGGAGCACGCAAGUUGUUGGUAGUGGGCUCCUAUGACUGCACCAUCAGCGUGCGAGACGCGCGGAACGGGCUGCUUCUCAGAACCCUGGAAGGUCACAGCAAGACUAUUCUCUGCAUGAAGGUUGUGAAUGAUCUGGUGUUCAGUGGCUCCAGCGAUCAGUCUGUCCAUGCCCACAACAUUCAUACUGGAGAGCUGGUACGGAUCUAUAAGGGCCAUAACCAUGCAGUAACGGUUGUGAACAUUCUUGGGAAAGUCAUGGUGACAGCAUGUCUGGAUAAAUUUGUUCGUGUUUAUGAACUACAGUCACACGACCGCUUGCAAGUCUAUGGAGGCCACACAGAUAUGAUCAUGUGUAUGACCAUCCAUAAGAGCAUGAUUUACACCGGAUGCUAUGAUGGCAGUGUCAGAGCUGUGAGGCUUAAUCUGAUGCAAAAUUAUCGAUGCUGGUGGCAUGGAUGUUCACUGAUCUUUGGAGUUGUGGACCAUCUGAAACAACACCUGCUAACUGACCACACAAAUCCAAAUUUUCAGACCCUGAAAUGUCGUUGGAAGAACUGUGAUGCUUUCUUUACUUCCAGGAAAGGUUCCAAGCAGGAUGCUGUAGGACACAUUGAAAGACAUGCUGAGGAUGACAGCAGGAUUGACUCAUGAAGCUUUUCACCUCCCACAUUGGGAAGUAAUUUUGUAUGUCAGAAUUAUUCCAAAUAACAUCAGUUUCUUACUCUCUUACUCCAGUCUUUCCUCUUUCUUUUCCCACUUGGAAUGCAAAAACUGAGUGGGGCUGAAAUGCAUUGCUAUGGAGACUGCAGGUUGUGUUGCACUCUGCAGAAAUAAGGCUGGUAAUUAAGACUUAGCCCAAGUUCUUACAAGUUUUUAAUUCGUUGGUGGACAAGAAUAUUCCUUCCUCUUGUUUGCCUUGUUUCUUUGUUGUACAUCUUUUUUCAGGUGGUUUUAUUUGUUUUUUUAAGAAGCAUAGUCUUUGGGAAGCCCAAAGGGGUGUUGGAAACUUAGAUUACAAUAGGUGCUGCUGUUUGCAAACUCAGCUGGAAUCCUGUUAUGUGUCUAAGACAUGUCUGGUUUUGUUGUACCCAGUUUUAUAGCUGAUUUUAAUAAAAUUCUGCAAACCAGAAUAUCAGAAAUUCUUACAAUGUAACCUGAAUAUCCAGUGUACGUUUUUACUUUCUUCAUAAAAAGAAAAAUUAUUUUACAGGGACUGGAAUAAACUAAUUUUUUAAUGUUAAUUGUAACUUAUUUUUUAUUCCUUGUGUAAAAAUUGCUAAAACUGGCAUAAUAUAUACAGUGAUAGAUAUACCAUACCUCUUGAGGUAUUUUGCUUAUUUUGAGGAAAGUGAUUAUUUCUUGAGAGAGAUGCCAGUAGCAGCAAAACAGCCAGAACAGUGGCUCUAGUCACAGGCUUUACAAUCUUAGUCUUUUUCAGUAUAGGUCUUAAUGUAUGGGAAAGAAGUAAGUGGUAUUUGUUUUUCUUUUAAUUAGAGCAGCGUAACCACCACUGUUGUCUUGAUAAAACACCAUAAUUGGAUUGCUGAUUUUAUGUAAUCUUAGUGAUUGAGCUUUGCAGUCCCAUACUCUCUAGGCAUAGCAAACCAACAGAAAUGCAAAGGCACUGUAUGUCUGAGUGUGUCCACUUUGGUAGUGUUUUGUUUCUAUUGUGAACUGGCUUAAUUGGCUUGGGCUAUAUGAAGUUCACAAAAACUCAACUGGAAAGAAUGGAGCAGGAUUUUAAAGUCUAAGUUUCUCAAGCAGAAGCUGAGGAUAUGAAAUGCAUAUCACAUGUAAAAGUCUUAUUUCUCCUAAUGCACAGAAAGUACCACAGAGAGGCCAGUGCAGAAGGGAAGACUGUUUCAGCUUGUCAGGGUUCCCCUGCAAGUGUCCCCUUCGCCUUGCGAAGUUCAGUGAAAUGCCCUUCUGGCACUAGCCAUCCUCUCUCCCUUUAUGACACUAAUUUAGCAAAGAACCCUCUUAACACUGAGACUAAUCUAGCAAGGAGCUUUGUGUUCACUUUUGCCUAGCUUGCUGCUCAGGAAAAAUAAGCUGAGAUUUUCCUAAGCUGUAAGUAAAAGUGGAGACAGUGAACUGAGCUGCUUAUACACUAAUCCAGUGCUUUUCAAAAAAACUGAGUGGACUUCUAGUGGGUAUCUUUUUCACAACCACUUUCAGACUUGUCAACCACAGACCAAAUAAGUUUUAUAGCCUCAUUCUUUGACUGUAAAGAAGCCUUUUUAGGCCAGAAAAGUGAAUCAUUCACAAAAUCCCAUGGACGUUCCACUGCCAUCAAAUCAACGGCCUUCUCUGGAGCACACUGGUUUUGUAUUAUCUUAGCAGACAAGCAGAAUUGCUCUGACACUGAUGAAUAUUUUUGGUGAGACAGGAGUAAAAUAUGAACGAGAUGCAGUAGCAUCUUCCUUCAAAGCCAUGGGAAUCUCUGAGAUUCCAGUGCUUUUGUGGUGAUUGAUUUUGUUUGUUUACUUUUUAUUAAGCUGUUUGUGAAUAGCAAAAAGCCCCAAUGUGUGGCUCAGAUCUCAGGCUGUUCUGAGGGUGGUGUUAUUUUGAUUUUUGGGGGAUGUGUGUUUGUGGUUUUGGUGUUGGACUUUUUUAAUCUUUCUUUCUGUGGGCUGUGGAUGAAGCAAUUCAGUAGAGAAUCAAGUUUGAGGAAGUCUUUAAGCGAUGUAGAUUUUUUAUGAGGGACAGUGUAAUGCUCUGAAGUCUGAGAGCAUUUGUUUGGGUUUUUUCAUUGCCUAAAAGCAGAAGACUGCAUAAUACUUAAACCAUUUCCAAAAUUGUUGAUAUUCAGGGAGUUUUUUGAACCACAAUGAGGGAGCAUGUAAGUGUGGCAUAAACAGGGUGGGUGUCCUAAGCUGUCCUUCAUGGACUGUGCUGCAAGUGAAGGUGUGGAGCUGUGUGUGAAGGACAAGCCUGUGGGACAAUAGUGGCAUUCUGACAAAUGUGUGUGAGAGUAGAUUUUGUUACUUCUCCCUUGUGAUUCUUUCAGCUGUUUUCAGGAACAUAUAAAGAUCUUUUUCACUAGAUGUUGCAACACACAGAGUUAGUACACUUUAUUUGCAUUCCCAUUUGCUUGUUGGGUUUAUCUUUUCUAGUUGGUGGAAGCAGCCUUUUUAUUUUGUGUGUGUGUGGUCCAUGAUAUUUCCUUAACUGUCUUGAAAAUGAUCCUCCUGAAAAGUCUGGGCUUUUGAAGUCCAGCUUUAGCUGUGGUGUCUUUUGCUACUUUGUUGGUCAUUUCAGAUACAUUGUAAGAAUUCUGAAAUGGGAAGGAGGUGGGAAAGUAGUAGAGCUGCAUGAGUGAAAAAUUUUGCUUUAUAAAUCAGAAACAGUUUUUUAAAAUUCUCAGGGGUUCAGAGGAAAAUGCUGUAUUGUUUUGUCAUGAGGAUAUCUUAAAAGGAAUUGCUAUAAAGUUGUGCAGCUGUGGAAAUCCCCCAGCUUCUCUGGAGUUCUGUGGAGAGGUUUCCUGUUUGUUCAGCUGGAAUUUGGUGCAGGUUUCACAACUGGCCAUUUACUUCUUCUGGAGGCAAUUGCAGAAGAGAGAUGCCAAACUCAUGUUUGUUUGUUGAUAUUCAUUAAUGAAUUGGUAUUCAUUAAAGAUCCUAUCUGGUCUUGCAACUUAGGGUUUUGACCCCUGAUAUACUUGUAGUUGAAGAAUGUAGUAACCUUGGGAAGGUGGGCUGUUUGUGACAUUUAACACAGUAAUAUUUGCAUGAAAAGCAGUACUGCACAUCUGAAGCCACUUUCAAGACUUAUUUAUUUUUGAUUUUGGUUUGGUUUUUUAUGCAAGUAAAAAGUUGUGAGUGGAAGAGUGAGUAGAGUGAGGAUUUAUUUUGUGGCUAGCUGUGGAUUUUUUUAUUAGUCAAGUGUUUAAAAACAAGUUCUGGACUUGCUGUAUGGCUAAUUACAUAUGGCAGCCCUUUAGGGGCCUUUUGGGAUUGGUCUAGAUUCGUUUCUUCUUUCUUCUUCAAAUUUCAGAGAAAAAUAACAGCUAUCUGGCAGUGCAAAACACUCUGGCCUAAUGCUGCUGCUACUUCUGUAUGUGGAAGGGGAUGGAGGGAAAACUUCUGUAUCUCUUGGUACAAAGAUGCAUUAAAUAUCCAGGCUUCUGCUUAUGUUGUGUCAGUUACAUGUGAAUUACAGACUUUAAACGUAUUACCAGCACAUGAGUUGGCUUCUGUGAAAUAGCAGGAGCUUGGCUGUGUGGAGUGUUUGAAGUAGUGCAGUUCUUAAUGCAUAUUUUCAAACAGUACAAUCAAACAGUACAAUCAGUUGGAUCAAGGUAAAUGAUAACUGCAAACUUGCAAUAAAUGGCAGGGGAAAUGGUUUUUUGUUGGAAAAAUACUUUCCCUUAAGCUGAAUUAAAACACAGGUACAGGUGAAUCUUGGUUUUCAGGUUUGUAUGGUACUGUAAUUCAAGCAGUCCAAGUUGUCCAGAGUUGCAGAAUAUGUGAGGAAGGAUAAGGAAAUGGUUUCAGCUACUGUUUGUAAAAUAAUUAAUCCUCAAGGAGCAAACUGUGUAGGCAUAUAUUCUGUUAAAUGUGCCUGCCAGCUUCUCAGAUUUCAUUUUGCUGUAAUGUUAAACAUUUUGAAAGAAUGGAAGUGGAAUAAAACAACUUGAUUGAAUAUUUAGUAAUUUAAGCUGUGUAGAACAUGUGCACAGAUUGAUCAUUGUUUUCUCUCUCACUUUGGUACAAAGCUGUGAGUGUAAUAAUGAAACUUUACAUGGCAAAAGAAGAAAUUUAAAAAAAUAAAGUUCUUUAUAUUGUUA